UCCCCACCUUGCACGCUCAGGCGGUGAUCAGCUGACAUGUCAUAAUAAUACGCAGCGUGUGUUGGUAUGUUUGUGCUCGUGAGUUGCUUGGCUACACGUUGAAAAUAUGGCCACUAAGAUGGAGCUCGCGCCACUCCGACCGUUGGAUGAUUUCUUUCCUGGAGCGGAUCGUUUUGCCAAACCAGAAUUUGGGGAUUUGGCGAAAUGGAACAACAGAGUGAUCAGUAAUUUGCUGUACUACCAGACCAAUUAUUUCGCCGUGACUCUGGUCGUUUUCCUCAUUGUGGGAUUCCUGAACCCGUUUGGCAUGUUUCUGGGAGGAGCUGUGGUCGCCCUGGUCUUCGGGGGCUCCGUGUGGGCAGGCGAGAACAAAGCCACCAUCAAGAAUUUCAAGAGGAAGAACCCCACCCUGUUUGUGGUGGUGGUCAUGAUCACCAGCUACUUCCUGCUGUCGCUCUGUGGUGGAGUCAUGGUGUUCAUCUUUGGCAUCACCUUCCCUCUGCUGCUGAUCCUGAUCCAUGCCUCUCUGAGGCUGCGCAACAUGAAGAACAGACUGGAGAACAAGAUUGAAGGUGUCGGGCUGAAGAAGACUCCCAUGGGUGUCAUCAUGGACCUUCUGGAUCAGCAGGAGGAGAAAAUGAACAAGAUACAGGAUUUUAUUGAGAGCAAACUGAAGGAUUAAGGCUCUAGCUGAGAGCAUGCAGCACAAAGUCAGUGUCAUAAGUUAUGGGCUAAAAUUUCCGUAGCAUCUUCCCAAGUGUCACAUUUUUUAUCCCCUUUAAAAAAUACUGAAGUUUGCAAUCCCACUUUACACUGUUACUCUAUGUGUUUGGUUAGUUUACAGGCUACAUGCACAGAAAUAACAGUAUUUGCACAGUCAACACAUGGAUCAGAUGAGGGACUACAGAUUACCAAAGUUGUGAGCAUUCCUAUAUAAAACAAUCUCUGCACUUUGUUCUAUCUGAUGACUGACUAUUUACAAUAUUACAUAAUGGAGAAUAUUUAAACACAAUUUAGAUAUUUAAAAAAGUAUUUCUUUGAAGAAAUUGAAAUUAAAUGCUUUUAGUUUGCUACCUCAGAAGUAAAGGCAUGGCAGAUCAUAUUUGUGACCUGACACCCAUUAAUUUUGCUUAUUAAACAGCAAUAACGCUCCUCUUUAGAAUUCAGGUGAUGGAUGAGACCGAUGAGACACAGAAUUGCUUUUAGUGUGGACGUCGUUCUCACUACAGUUCCUGACCAUACAGUCUGACCUGAGACCCCCCCCACACACACACACACACACACACACACACACACACACACACACACACACACACACACACACACACAGCUAUGCAAUGUUGUAAAACGUAUGGCAAGUGAAGCUUUAUUGUUUACAUAUUAUGUCAUGUUUGAUGUUGCUUCUGUUAAGUCUUUAUUUUCAAAAAUUAGCAUGCAGAAAUAUAUCAAAUGGAUCCUGAGCGAGCAAUGCAAGUAUAUGAUUACAUUUGAAGUGUUUCAUUUCAGACUGUUCUCUCAUUUAGUAAAUGCUGAACUGUACAUCCUGCACUAUGUUAUUUCCCCAUCAAACCCUGCGUCCUUGUAAAAAGCUGAUUGUCUGCCAGCUGUAAUGUUAAAACUCACAGAAUAGAGAACACGCUCGUCUCCUGUUGCUUCGUGUCGUGCAUGCUCAUGCCGCUUUCAGGUUCUGUAGCACUUUAGUGACAUUGCAUAUGUUAUACAGAGGCUGUAUUAUAUAAUAUUUAUGCUGUUGUGGCUUUGUUAUACUUGGAGAAUGAUGGGGAAAUCACAGAGCUGGAGGUUAAACUCUUCUAUGAAAAUAAAGAUAACGUGAGUUGUUACAAAUUUA